CUUGCAUCGAAUUGUACUCUGGGUCCUCAAAGUUCGAACCGAUACUAUCAUAUAUUCUCGUGGUUGUGAAGUCUCUCUUACUAGUCAGGGACGCGUCGUGACGCGUUCACCGCCAGCAGGGGUCAUUAUUCGGUUCGCGGAUAGUCCCGCACUCAUCAUCACUCGCCCUCACCCUCACCUGCCAACAGCCCAGGCGCAUUGGUAUCUCCACACUCUCUUUUCCACAAUGGAGCUAACCUACUUGGAUAACAUCUCAAUUGGACGUCGCGCGUAAUGGCGCACUCCAAGAGGAAGCGCAAUUCUAUCAGAACCAAACCAAGCAAACGAGCACGGUACAUCGAUUCCAGCGAAAGCGAACCCACCAACGACACUCUAUGGGCAGCAGAGCGCAUCUUAGACGAGAAGACCAUCCGUGGAGUGCGCACUUAUCACAUUCAAUGGAAAGGCCUUGACCCGGAAACUGGCAAGGCGUGGGAACCAACCUGGGAGCCAGAAGAGAACGCGAACGACUUGCUUGUCGCUCACUGGGAGCAAGAGAAAGCGCGAGAUUUGGAAGAAGUCCGCCGAAUAUCGCGAGGAAGCAGCAGAGGACAGUCUGAGCAACGGAAAGACGCUCAAGAACAGAGGCGCAUUCGUAAUUCCCGUGUCACUGACAGCAGCCCAGAACCUGCCAUCUGCUCCUCUACAUCUUCAACACCUCCCAACGAUCAAAGAGGCCCGCAAACCUCCGCCAGUGCCACAGCACCAGCAGACCGCGUUUCACCUCGCAUUCAGAUCGCACGACGUGGCGAAAGUCUCGAAAGAGACGAAUACGCGCGCUUUUCCCAGAUCGCCUCGUCUGGGCCUGGUUCGACUCAAGCACCUACCCAAGACACCGACCUUGAUAGCUCACAGCUGUUCGCUGCACGGCCACAACCCCUCGUUUCCGGCGUAGUUGCAGAUUCGCAAAGCUCCAUUGGCGAAGGAAGCUUUGUUCCCAUUAUUCAGCAUACUGGAGAUACAAGCCAGCAAAGCACAGAUACAAACGAGUCGCACAUCGAGGAGGACGUUGUCGAAGACUCGGGUCUCCUUGAACUGAUAGAAGAAGCCGCACGACACGCCGCAUCGCCUGCACGAUCCAUCCCCGAGACCAUCCCCGAUAUCACCACAGCAGAAUCACAAGCUGCUCCGACGACAGCCGAAUUUGUAUAUAUCUCGUCACAGGUGGACCAGGCGUCGAGCCAAGAGCUUGAGGAUAGCGUGCCUAUCCAACCCAGCGGAGACGCCCAGAGUGUUGCACAAGUCGAGCAUAUAAGAGAAGACACUAACUGGCUCGAAACGCGACAGUCUGAUCACAUCGACUCUCAGGUUUGUCCAGCUCAAGCCGUCUGCGAGACAACCUCAGAUAGAGGAGAGAGCACACAGAGCGAACAUCUGCCUUUGAACCCAACCUCUGCAGACGUUACAGGAGACGCUUCGACAGAUAUCGCGGACGUAGCUGAAACCCCAUCCUUUCUAAACAAAUCCUUUACGCUUGUAGGCAACAGCCAACCGCAUCAUUCCGAACGGAGCAACGAAGCUAGCGGUAUACAAUUCGCGGUCGGCAGCAUUGACGAGGCGUCGCAACAUCAGGAAUCCCAGCAAAAUAGCGUUCGUGACAGUCAGCCCAGUCUAACCGAACACUCGCUACUGGAAGACAACGAACAGUUCCCCUUCCAGUCUCAGCAUCCGUUUGCACCAUAUCAGCCUUUACAAGAACUUCUCACUGCCGUUCCAGAACAGCUUGAACAUACUUGCGCGACACCACUUAGCCAUCCAGGACAAGUGCUUACCAGGGUUAGUGUGCCAAGCCUGGCCUUUCCGGCGCCGGCGUCCGACCCACCUCACCAAUCAAUACAAGCAUCACCAAACAAUCCCCAGGUUCACGACGACGCGCCAGUAGUAUCUCUGCAAUCUGAUUCCGCUCUUACUCACAGCACUUUGCCACCAGAUCAACCCGAAGUAAACGAGACUUUUUGUGCUCAGUUGCUCCACGAUUCCUCUAGCCCUGAACGUGAGCAGAACGCGCAAGUACUACCUCUCGAGGCAGAUCUAAGCACCCAAGACGACACGCUUGAGAGUAUACGGACUACCAUCGAGAAAGAGUCAGUGCAUCGAGCUAGCUCUGAAUCUCGUCACGACUCAUCUCAGGAGACUCCGGAACGGCCGUCAAGGUCACUAAAUCACGAAACCUCGCCAGUCCUUUACCCACCAAGCUAUUCCCUAAGAACUCAAGAAUCCAGACUUCCAUCACGGCCUUGUACACCUGUUCCUACUUCAUCGCCAUCAAUCAUGUCGGGUGAGAGCGCUGCGGAUAAUGUCCAUCGACGGCUGCAAGAGGACAUUGCCAAACGCCUCGCAGCUUCCAGAGCUUCUAGAGGGCGCCCUAGCAGGUCGUCUUUCACGCCUUCAGUAACAGGAGAUGGACCAUCAGCUACUUCUACACCUUUGAGCAGACUACGGACAAAUGAGCCGCCAGAAGGCACUCGUUCGCCUUCUGCUGUGCCCGACCGUUCGCCUGUUGCGCAAACACCAACAUCACUAAGAAACAUUGCCUAUGCCACUAGUAAUACACCAUUAGAAGCGUCACCGUUGGACAAGGUCAUGGUUUCGCUGCCAGAUGCUCCCCCAGAACCUACUGUCGCUGAAGAUCCAACCCUGUCUGAACCUAUCGCACCAGUACCGACGUCCCCCGCUUCUGACGAAAUGGAUGUUAGUGAUGCAGAUGACGAGGAUAGCGACAGUCUACUCAAUGACGACUUGCAGUUAGCUGACCAAGAGUUCAUCGUGCCGUUGUUCAUACAAGGCCGACAAAGCGACACGUAUGCCCAGUACAUCUCGUCUAAAAAGGACUUGUUGGACCGCUUUCUCAAAGAGCCUCGGAGUGUGAGCCCCAUCGAAGAAGUCGAGAAUAUCUUGUCCCAACUCCGGGCUAUUGAAACACACAUGGACUUGGUCUUCGCUGAAGCCGAAAUAGAAGACUUGAACGGCGAGGCUUCGUCGACGCAAGCUGAACAUGCCGCUCGAUUUGGCAUGGAAAACUCGACCAAGUUCAGGUUCUUAGCCAGACUUUUCCAGGAAUUGCGAAACUCCGAGCCGCAGAAACAUAUUGUUUUGGUCACGGAACGGGACAAUGAAACUCUGUUCCGGAUCAUCCAGACCUUCUGUAAGGCAAACUUGAUCAAAUACACUAUGCCUGGCAAAGACUGGAAUGUAGACCGCAAAGAGACUGAGGGUAGCUUACUGGUCACUGUCAUACCGAGUGAUGCAUCGCCCAUCAUACAUGCUCCCGAUCUGAUCAUCUGCCUCGAUGGCGUGCAGGACGCAGCACAGAUUCGGAAGAAGAACUGGGCAAAUUCUCCCGACCGCGAUGUGGUGCCAGUGAUCCAUCUAGUCAUUCCGAGGACUGUCGGCCACCUUGAGCGGUAUGUAGCAUCGAGUCUGGACCCAGUAGAGCGUAUGCAUACUAUCCUGGCAAGUCUGGCGCAUGUUCGCCCAGAUGUUGGAAAAGCCAUCGACGACCGAACGCCGCGAGACGUUGAAUGCGCCUCAGAAGUCGCCGGCUGGAUCGAGAACAUAAUGGAAGGGGCCGAAUGGCCAUUGCCAUCUAUUGGUAGCGUCAAGGAUGUCAUUGAGUAUCAGACGCAUUUGUCGCAGCCCUCUACAGAUACGCCUAUACCUGAGCGUACCAAGCGCCCUUUGGAUGAAGAAGACCUUGACCCGGCAAAGCGUAUGCGCUUCACUCCGCAACCACAAAGAGCUUCCGUUGCAGAGAAGGAGCACGAAGUCACGCAUAUAAGCGACUCUAUGCCCGGAACUGCUGCCCUCGAGCUUGAUUUGCAGAGAGCAUCCGCUCCUGCUGACGAAGCGGUUCGAGAGGAGCAAGAAGCCCAUAGGGCAGAACAGAGGCACUUUCGAGAGAGUGAGAUAAUGUGGGACAAACAGCAGGGGAAGCAUGAAGAUCUCGCCCGUGAUUAUCGUGUUCAGAAGGGAAAAUUGAGCGCUGCAGAGACCAGAGUGGAAACGUUGACCAAGAAUAACGCUACCCUUACCGAGCGCCUUACAACACGUACCGCAGAGAUGCGCGACCUAGACCAGCAGCUACAGGAACAGCGAGCUACCGAUCUUCUCUCGCCUGAUGCACAGAUCGCCGAGAUCACUAAGCUUCGCAAAGAACUUGCUGAAGCACGCGCGGAGAAAGACAAAGCAAUACAGAACGCUUCAAGUGCGGAAAGUCUACUUGAAUAUACGAGAGGAGCCUACCAAGAUGCGCAGAACGCUGCUUCUUCCAAUGCUGCCCGCGUUAAAGAGCUCGAAGAAGAAGUGAAGAAACUCUCGUCUGCAGCUUCAGGGGAAGCAACAAAGCGGAAGGGCAUGCACCUGAAUCAGAACUACGAUCGACAGCAAAAGCAAAUCGCGAGCCUGGAGGCACAGUUGACUAUUUACAAGCGUACGCUGCAGAGCAAGGAAGAAGAGAUUGUUCGUCUGAGGAGCGUUGGCAGGCCGGGUGUGGGCACCAGAGGCACGAGUGCAACACCUCAACCCAAGACCAGGAGUAGAGCUGGUAGUCCCACUUUCAUAGGCGGCAGAGUUUCGAACUUGAGGAAUAGCUAGGAAUUGUUUGGUCCAGGUUUACUCUGGAGUGUGAGGAUCUGUCCUUGUUUACGUUCGGUAUUGUUUGGGUAUGGAUAGCAUAGCGGUCGGAUGGGCGAUGUAGAUACCCUAGUCAUUGUGAUAACGAAGUAGGAUAACCUAGAUUACUAGUAUAAUGUACUUUCUUUCUCG